CCUCUCCGCGCGUUGACACGGGCGGCCGCGGCCGCGGCUACCCACAGCUGCCCCAGGAAGGAACAUUACUGAAGAAGGUGAUGCUCGCUAUGCUCAGUUGCAGCAAAAAACAACUUGCACUGGUUUCCCUGCUCUUCUUCAUUUUCUGUUCCCAGCAAACGGUCAUUGCGAACAAGAAACCUUUCGGCAUCACCGUAGCUUCCUCUAGAUCAUUGCGCGAGAUCGAGUCCAGUUCCAGGCCUGUUGACAAUAAGGUGGAAACUGGACAACAGAUGGAAGACAGCACUAGUAACAUUACCAACACGACCGCGAAUGCGACGUCCGGGUGGAGCAUUGUGAAGGAGGAGUUGACAUAUUUAGCUGGAAGUGCCCCUUUCAAUAGCUGUCAUGCUUCCACUAUUGUAGAGAUUGAGAAAGACAAUUAUCUGGUGGCUUAUUUUGGUGGAUCCAAGGAAGGUGCUCCAGAUGUCAAAAUCUGGUUGCAGAGAUACAGCGAUGGUUGCUGGCAUCCUCCACAAGUGGCUGAUGAACAAGAUGGGGUGCCCAUGUGGAAUCCUGUAUUAUUCCAGCUCCCCUCUCGCGAGCUCCUCCUCUUCUACAAGAUUGGUCAAGAAGUUCAGAAGUGGAGCGGGGCCAUGAAAAGAUCGUUGGAUGGCGGCAUAUCUUGGUCACAGAGACAGCAGCUGCCGCCUGGUAUACUUGGUCCUAUCAAGAACAAGCCUUUCCUGCUUGAAGAUGGUCGCCUACUGUGCGGGUCGUCAGUAGAAAGCUGGAACUCAUGGGGUGCAUGGCUUGAGGUCACAGAAGACGCUGGCCGGACAUGGAGGAAGUAUGGUCCUAUAUACAUAGAAGGUGAAACACUUGGGGUGAUUCAGCCGAUACCAUACCGAACUGCCAAUGGGACAAUUCGGAUGCUUUUGCGAUCUUUUGACACAAUUGGUCGUGUCUGCAUGGCUGAUUCUGCUGAUGGAGGCGUGACAUGGAGUUACGCCCAUAAGACUGCGCUUCCUAAUCCAAAUUCUGGUAUUGAUGGAGUUAAGAUGAAGGAUGGGAGAGUACUACUUGCUUACAACACCUUCUCCAGGAGCACACUUAAAAUCGCAGUCUCCGCGGAUGAUGGUGAUUCGUGGGAUGAAGUACUCACACUAGAGGACACCGAAGGUAUGGAGUUUUCGUAUCCUGCGGUAAUCCAGACCAUGGAUGACCUAGUACAUGUUACAUACACAUAUAACCGGACGCAGAUUAAGCAUGUUGUCCUUGAGGAUUCUCGGAAAAAAUCAUGUUGUCCUUCCACCUAGGGGGAUACUGACAUUGUAAGUCUACAACUACUGGGAGACUUAUGGCUAGCAACGGAAGGCUCUUCAAUCCAGUGCAUCAGAUUAUGUGUUGUAUUUUUCUGCUGAAUGCAGCCUUUUAUGUUUGAACAAUUGUACGUGUGCUGAACGAUUUAGCAUAUGGUGUUCCUAAAUGAUAAGCAACCUUGGUUUUCUCUGGUCAA